AUGAGUAUUGAAGGGAGAACCUAUCCAGUCGAUAUUUACUACAUUCAGAAACCAAUCUCAGAUUAUGUUCGUUCCAGCUUACAAUGCGUCUUGAACAUUCAUAAUAGUGAACCAAUAGAAUCUGGAGAUGUGUUGGUCUUUCUGACAGGCCAACAAGAAAUUGAAGAGCUGGUAUCCCUUAUUGAAGAUUCUCUAUUCGAAGCAAAAAAAGAUAACAUGCUCGUAUUACCUCUCUACGCAGGAUUAUCCUUGGAAGAGCAAAUGAAAAUAUUUGAUACUGUAAAGGAUAAGAGAAAGGUCAUUAUUUCAACUAAUAUUGCAGAGACAUCGAUUACUAUUCCUUCUCUGAGAUUUGUAGUUGAUUGUGGAUUUGUAAAGGAGAGAAUUUAUGAUUAUCGUUCCAACAGGGAUUGUCUAGUAGUGACAGAAAUUAGCAAAUCAUCAGCACGACAACGUGCUGGAAGAGCAGGACGAGUGAUGAAUGGUAAAUGCUUUCGUCUCUAUACUGAACAAGAUUAUGAAAAGCUUAAGGAAAAUACCAUUCCAGAAAUUCAAAAAUCCAAUCUCUCAGAUAUCAUUCUCCAGAUGAAGGCAUUAGGAAUUGAUAAUUUGGUAUUCUUUGAUUUUCUUUCUUCUCCACCAUCUAGUCAUAUGGCCCAAUCAUUGGAAACUCUUUAUGCACUCGGUGCUCUUGAUGAUUCAUGUCAAUUGACAAAUCCUCUGGGUUUACAAAUGGCUGAAUUCCCGACUGACCCAUUCGUUUCUAAAAUUCUGCUACACUCUGGUAAUAUGAAUUGCUCUCAAGAGAUGCUCAUUAUUUGUGCCAUGACCAGUGUGAGAAAUGUUUUUGUAACCUCCAGACAACUCCAAGAUAGGGUUGAGUAUGUAAAAAGGAAAUUCUCUGUUAUGGAAGGUGACCAUUUGACAUACCUUAACAUUUACAUGUCCUAUCUCAAAAACAACAAAUCUAGCAAAUGGUGCUAUGACAAUUGUAUUACUUACAAAUCCAUGCAAAGAGUUGAACAAUUUAUCCAUCAAUUUGAAAAACUACUCAAACGAUUCUCCAUUCCUAUCAAAUCAAUUAUGGAUUCAAAUGUGGGCUACGGCAAUAUUGACCCACCUAUUGAUACUAUUAGAAAAUGUUUAAUAUCUGGUUACUUUUCCAAUGCAGCACAAAGACAAUCAGAUGGUUCCUAUAAAUCCGUACGAGGCAAUGAUAUUUAUUACAUCCAUCCUAAUAGCGUCCUUUUUAAAUAUCCGCCAGAGUUUGUAAUAUUUACAGAACUUUUAUUUACAACCAAAGUAUUCAUGAGAGAUGUAACAACUAUUGAAUCAGAUUGGUUGGUUGAAGUUUGUCCACAAUUAUUCGAGAGAAGUAUUGACAAGAAGGAACGUGAAAUCCAAGAUCGUUUACUACUGUUAAGAAAUUCAGAAGAGGAAUAG